AUGAUACGAUUCAUCAGUGUUUUGAGUCAGUUAGUCACUAGCCUGGUAACUUCCUGCCAGUUCUUGAGUCAACUAGAUACUAGCCUGCUAACUUCCUACCACCUCCAAAGUCAGCUAGUCACUAGCCUGCUAGCUUGCUGCUUCCUAUCUCUGACUGAACCGGACCGGACCUCCAUCCGCCUGUCCUCUAGUCGUGACACCUGCCGUUACAUCCUUCUGUGUAACCUUCUCAUUGUGGACAUUCUGUAUAUGGCAGUGAGUCAGGUAUCGUACCAGCUCUCUGUUUGUAAAGUAACAAUGCUGUGUCCCGUAUGUGGCUUUCUCACCGUGCUCACCAUUCUCAUAGGUGGGAUUCUCACUCUGCUGGUGAUGUCCGUGGAGAGAUUCACGGCUGUGUGUUACCCACUGAGAUACGCUUCCAUCAUCACUGUCAGAAACACAGCGGUGGCCAUCGUUUUGAUUUGGGCCUUCUGUUCUCGAAACGUUCUCAUUUGAGUUCUACUCCUUCUGUCUUUUCCAUUUCAGAAAUUGAGGAUUCUGCAGGUGAAAGAUCUUUGUUCUAACAUAGCCGUGAUGCUUGGAUCCGUGUCUCGUGAAUAUGACGAAGCCUUCACCUGUGUUGUGUUUGUGUCGGCCGGCGUGGCCAUCACCUCCUCCUAUAUCGGUGUUGCAGCAGCAGCCAGGUCGGCCUCCGCAGACAAGACUUCGGCCCGGAAAGCUCGAAACACGCUGCUGCUGCAUCUGGUGCAGCUGGGCCUCAGCCUGUCCUCCACCAUCUACAACCCGCUGCUCAUCGCUCUGUCCAGAACCGUGACCAGGAUCGUGCUGGUGGGAGUCCAGACUGUUUUGUACAUACAAGGUGGGGCCGUCACAAUGUUUACUUUCCUUCUCCCCAGGUGUCUGAGUGCCCUCGUCUAUGGACUCAGAGACCAGAGCGUCAGACCCAUCCUUGUGAAAACUCUGUAG